GUAUAUAAAGCACCAGCCCCGUCUCCCAGGCAGGCAGCACAGGCAGCUCAGCUUCGCCAGCAGCCUCAGCAGGAAGGCACAGCCAAAGCAGGAUGAAGCUUUCCACGGGCAUCAUUUUCUGCUUCCUGAUCCUGGGCGUCAGCAGCCAGAGAUGGGCUACAUUCCUCAAGGAAGCUGGUCAAGGGGCUAAAGACAUGUGGAGAGCCUACUCUGACAUGAGAGAAGCCAAUUACAAAAAUUCAGACAAGUACUUCCACGCCCGGGGCAACCGUGACGCUGCCGAAAGGGGACCUGGGGGCGUCUGGGCUGCUAAAGUGAUCAGCGAUGCCAGAGAGAGUAUUCCGAGAGUCACAGACUUUUUUAAACAUGGAGACAGUGGCCACGGACUGGAGGACUCGAGGGCCGACCAGGCUGCCAAUGAAUGGGGCCGGAGCGGCAAAGACCCCAAUCACUUCAGACCUCGCGGCCUGCCCGACAAGUACUGAGCUACUUCUCCCUCUGCUCAGGAGACAGGGCUCAAGGGAGUGGGGACAGUGCUGAGCUAGGUUGCUAUAUUCUGUAUCUGUAGUUCUUUAUAGUUGAUAAAGAGCACAUAAAAAUGUUUAACAAA